AGAAAAAAUAAAAACGAGAAAAUAUACAAAGUAAAGACGGAGGAGAAUCUUUUCACCAAGAAAAGAAAAAGAGAGAACCUGAUUAGUGAUUAGGGUUCUGUUAAGGGAAGGAUUAGGAUUUUUUUGCGGUUUACUGUUUUCUAUUAGCAUCAUCAUCAGGAGUGAGUUCUGUGAAAUUUUGUAAAAUGGUUCAGACUGGAAAACGAUACAAUUCACAUCGAGACCGCGACCGCGACGGGGACAGACAGAAUCAAAAGAGACGUGUGAGCGACAAAAACAAUAAUCAGGGCAACGAUGAAUUGAUUGUUUAUAGGAUACUAUGUCCUGUUGAAGUUAUCGGCAGCGUUAUUGGUAAGAACGGUAAAGUGAUAAAUUCGAUAAGACAGGAAACCAGGGCAAAAGUCAAGGUUGUGGAUCCAUUUCCCGGUGCAAAGGAUCGUGUUAUAACAAUUUACUGUUAUGUUAAGGAGAAGAAAGAUAUUGAAAUCGACGAUGAGUUCGAUGAUGUUAGAAAACCUUUAUGUGCUGCUCAAGAUGCUCUUUUCAAGGUUCAUGUGGCUAUAUUGAAUUCCAUUGAUGCUCUUGGAGAUUCUGAUAAUAAGAAUAAUAAUAAACGAAAGGAUAAAGAUGAAUGUCAGAUUCUUGUUCCGUCAAGUCAGUCUGCAAAUAUUAUUGGUAAGGCCGGGGCUACCAUUAAAAAGCUGAGAAGUAAGACCAGAGCAAAUGUCAAGGUUACUGCCAAGGAUGCUGCUGACCCAUCACACUCAUGUGCCAUGAAUUUUGAUAAUUUUGUCUCGAUCACUGGUGAAUCAGAAGCAGUUAAAAGAGCACUAUUUGCAGUUUCUUCUAUCAUGUACAAGUUUGGUCCCAAGGAGGACAUCUCUCUUGACACAAAUGUACCAGAAACCCAACCCAGUAUUAUCAUUCCCUCGGAAGUUACAUAUUUUCCGCCCGGUGGACUGUAUCAGCCUUCCGAUCCUAUAAUCUCGUCUGCACAUGUUCCUCAAUUUUUAGGCGCAACAAAUGCACAAGAUCUGCAUGGAUAUGCUGAUGCAGGAAAUACUUGGCCUCUGUACUCAUCCGCCCUUCCAGUAAUGUCUGGUGUUGGUGCUACUCUGUCUGAGGAGUUAAUUAUUAGAAUGUUAUGUCCAUCUGACAGGAUUGGGCGUGUCAUUGGAAAGGGAGGGAGUACAAUUAAAAGUAUAAGGCAGGCAAGUGAUGCUCGUAUUGAUGUUGAUGAUUCCAAGGCUAAUUACAACGAGUGUUUGAUCAUCAUAACUGCAACAGAGUCGCCGAGUGAUUUGAAGUCCAUGGCAGUUGAAGCUGUUCUGCUGAUACUAGGGAAGAUAAGUGAAGAAGAUGAUACCUCGGUGUCAAUUCGGCUUCUAGUUCCAUCAAAAGUGAUAGGUUGUAUUAUUGGUAAAAGUGGCUCAGUCAUAAAUGAAAUUCGGAAGAUAACUGGGGCUGAUAUUCAAAUUUUUAGAAGUGAUAAGCCAAAAGGUGCAGAUGUCAGUGAUGAGCUUGUUGAGGUGGGUGGUGCCAUUGGUUGUGUAAGAGAUGCACUAAUCCAGAUUAUCUUAAGACUCAGAGACGAUGCAUUGAGAGAAAAGGACAUUGGCCAUAAUCCUUCUACAGGCGGUGAAUCCUUCUACUCUAGCAGCGCUGGUCUUUCAUUCCCAUCUAUGCUGCCUUCUAUUUCUUCUAUUUCUGCUCCACUGGUUUAUGAUCAGAGGGCUGAAGGUGCAACUGGCCUAGGCAUGCUUGCUUCAAGCAGUCUGUAUGGAUAUGGAUCUUUGCCAACGGGGGAAGAUGGCUAUGGAUCUAUAUCUUCAUAUGCUUCCAAUCUUUAUGGAAAGCAGAGAUUGUCUCCCGCAUCAAUUCUGGAUAUGCUGAUUCCUGCUAAUGCUGUUGGUAAAGUGUUGGGUAGAGGAGGGGCCAAUGUAGCCAAUAUCAGGAAGAUUUCAGGAGCAACAGUAGAGAUUUCUGACACCAGAUCUGGCCGUGGUGAUCGUAUUGCCCAAAUAUCCGGCACACCUGAACAGAAACGUGCAGCUGAAAACUUAAUCCAGGCAUUUAUUAUGUCCACCUGAAUUUUUGAAGUUUUUUCUGGGGCAGUUUUGAAGGUGAUAAGUUUAAUUCUUGAAGCAUGUCCGUAUUCAUCUCCUUAGUUCCGUUAAGUUAGUCUGUUGGUCUUGGAGAGACAAUAUUCUCUAGGGUUCUUCAUCUUGGAUCCUGCUUCUUCCAUAUCAGCGGUUAACAUGAUUGUGCUUGAUAAUCCAUUUCUGGUUUUGUAUGUAGGAAUAAUAGUUCCGUUCCCUUUUAUUUUCAAUAUCUACUCUCAUCUAUGUUUUAUCUUAGAAAUCUGGGAUCUGUCUGUCCUUUCGUAAUGUUUGUCUAUGACUACUGUGGAGUCAUCUCUAUCUCCAUACAUUAUUUUCAGAGGAAAACCAUGAAACAGUUUUAUUUUGUUUCUGGUGGCUCACUCUCUUAUGCUCCUUUCUUGCUGAAAAUAUCUGCCAUACUAAUGCAAAUGAGAUGCUGAGUCUCUAGUAAUCUCCAUUGUCUAGUAUCCUUGGUUAUGCAAGUAGUUUGGUCAAAACAGGGAAGUUGCAUGGUGAAUCUGAAGAAUUUCAGAAUGCUCUCAAUCAUUUUCUUCCCCAUGAUUCUAUUUCUGUAUCUUGCAAUUCUGUCAUGUCACAAUGGUAUUUGCAACUAAAUAUAGCCAUGUCCUUGUUAUCUCACCAAGUGCAUAUACGUAUAAAAAUGCUUUAGGGCAGAUCGUAUUUUGUCAAAUAAAAGAAAUCCGGUUAGACAGAGACGAUAAAUAUAGAGAUGUAGGAGGAUACAGCGUCUUCCUCUUCUUUGGUGUAUGAGAAAACAUAAAAGGUCACAAAAGUACAAUGAAUCGCCGUUGUCAAUGUCAUUUGAUCAUUGACUAUCGGAUGGACGAAUGGUAUCCUAUGUCUUAUCCAAAAAUGUCCCUGAAACAUGAGAGACUUCUUGCAAUUUUUUUUUGCCAUAUAGCACACUACUCAUACUUUUAUCUGAAAAAUUUAUUUCGUAACUUGUGUACUUGUUUUCACUUCUUACCUGUCUUGUCAUGGACACCACUUGGCUCUCAAAGGAAUACUUGGUUCCUGCUACAUUUUUUAGGGGUAAGACCAAAAGGUAUAUCCACCAUGAGUGUGAUAUUCUGUCUGGUCGGCCUUUGCCACAAGGUGUUUACAGAGGCUUUUGAUUUAUGAGCCCUUACAAUUGGGAUAGUCCCCUCACAUGGAACUCAGUUUGACAGCUGAACCAUGUGCCUCACAAUGCCCAGCUUUCUCAUUAUUGUAGUAAUUUCUUCCAAUAUGAUUCAAAAUUGCUUCAUUUGAUUCCAUAACUAUAAAGGAUGACUCUUUAAUUCAUUUAAGGAUCACUAUCUUUACUCCCAACCCAACUAAUUUUGGGUUAGAAUUAAUGACUUUUCGUGACCUGGUCAAUAUGCUGUUCUAUUUUCAGAGAUUCACCCAAGUAAAACUAAAAUCUGUUUGCAUUAGCCUGGGUUUAUUCAUAUAUCGCUUUCUGUAUAAAAUGUCUAAUUCUAGGAUGCAUUAGUUAAUCUUAUUUGAGCUACAUUUCUCUCGCAUCCAUACUGUUAUCUUCUAGUGGAACAUUGUCUCAUCCAGGUUACUUGUUGACUUGUUUAAACUUCAGUGUGCUCAAAACUCCCAUUCUCCUUUUAAAUGUGAUGGAGUUCGUUUUAUCUUUCUUUCCACAAUAUUCAACUAAGCAGAUAUUCAUCUUUCAUACUCAUUUAAAAAACAUUCCGAUCUGUUAAAGGUUAUGCUACUAUGCUUGUAGACCAAUUCUCUCGGGUUAGUUCGCUAGAUUUUCAAACAGUAUAUUUUCCCACUCUUAAUUCUAUAUUCAUUAUUAUCCAUUAUUUUUUCUCGAGCUUUCUGCUGUCAUUCGUAUCAGUAAGAAUGUCUGGUUCAAUUUGAGUUUGGUCAUUUGGCUGAUGGUUUAGUUGAUAUAAUUAGUAGAUUGAGAUUAUGCAAACAAACAUUUAGAAUUGGAGAUGAAUCUGUCUAUUAUUUCUGCAAGAGUCGGAAGGAAUUUAGGGUAGAAGCUACUUGAAGCUAAUGUUAGAAAUGCACUUGUUAGUUCUUAAUAAUUUUUUUUUGGAUUGAAGUUGGUUCUUAAUAUUGUAUGUAAACUUAUUACUCUCAUCUUGCACAGUGAGUCGAGUAUGUAGACAUUGUACAUACAGCUUCAUGACUGUUAUGUCAUGUCAUUCAUACAUUGAUUCAUAUAUUCAUAUAAUAGAUACACAAAUAAACCAUAAUUCAUAAUUGGUUUCAUA